UUAGAUUGUUUGGAUCAUAAUAUUUCUUUAUUAAUGCUAUUACGUGAGCUCACAUCUUUAACAAAAUGCUAAUCAAACUUGAAUUUGACCAGCUAAACAAAAUGCAGAGAAGGAUAAGUUUAAAAAAUCAGCCUCCAACAUAUGGUAAUCUUAUUACUGUUCUUAGUAUUGAUGGUGGAGGAAUCCGAGGAAUAAUUCCUGGGGUCAUUCUUGAUUUUCUUGAAUCUAAACUUCAGGAGAUUGAUGGUGAGGAAGCAAGGCUAGCAGAUUAUUUCGAUGUGAUAUCAGGAACAAGUACGGGUGGUUUGAUAGCUACCAUGUUAGCUGCACCAAAUCAAGAGGAACGCCCACUAUAUGCUGCCAAAGACAUUGUUCCUUUUUACCUUCAACAUGGCCCUAAUAUUUUCCCACAAACUAAAGGAAUUUUUUCUGGCAUAUCGAAUCUCGGAAAAGCUCUCACCGGGCCAAAGUACGACGGGAAGUAUCUACAUGAGCUACUAAGAAGUAUAUUAAAAGACACAAAGUUGAACGAAACCAUUACGAAUUUGGUUAUACCAGCUUUUGACAUCAAGAAAAUGCAGCCUACUAUCUUCUCUUCUUACAAGGUGGCAGCUUAUCCAGUUUUAGAUGCUAAGCUAUCAGAUAUAUGCAUAGCUACAUCUGCAGCUCCAACAAUAUUCCCAGCUUAUUCUUUCAAGAAUCGAAAUUCUGAUGGGAAACUGGAAGAAUUUCAUCUUAUUGAUGGUGGCAUAGCAGCCAGUAAUCCAACUUUGGUUGCGAUUGGAGAAGUAACAAAGCAGACAAUGAACAAGAACCCGGAUUUCUUCCCGAUCAAGCCAACGGAUUAUGCCCGGUUUCUGGUGAUAUCGCUCGGGACAGGGUCGAGCAGUGAUCGGAACAAAUACGAUUCAGAAAUGACAUCAAAAUGGGGAGUGAUAAGCUGGUUAUUUCACAAAGGAGAUACUCCAAUUAUUGAUUGCUAUAGUAAAGCUAGCACCGAUAUGGUUGAAUAUCACAAUUGUGUUGUUUUUCAAGCCCUUCAUUCAGAAGAUAACUACCUACGAAUCGAUGAUGAUAACCUGUCGGGAGACCUGAGUUCGACGGAUUUAUCGACGGAAGAGAACAUGGAAGGUCUUGUAAACGUGGGGAAGAAAUUAUUGAAGAAUCCAGUUUGUCGUAUAAAUGUGGAAACUGGAGUGUAUGAGCCGGUUGAAAAUGGUGGUACUUAUGAAGAAGCCCUUCUAAGGUUUGCAAAUUUACUUUCGGAAGAAAAGAAGAUUCGAGAAGCUAGAUCACCAAAUACUACGAAAUAAGAAUUGAAAAGUUGAUUUGUUUAAUUUAUUAUUAUUAUUUUCUUCUAGGAGAUUCAAUAUUGAACUUUUGUGGACCGAUUUGUUUGUAUUAUUAUUCUUCAAACUGUAAAUGUUGUGUUUUGUUUCA